AUGGCUGAUGAAGAGCAGUUCCUGUGGCCUCCGAACAGGCCCAGUCAGGCGUCACCCGCAGGAGUUCAGGCCAGUAGAGGUCCGGGGGCUAAUGCUGCUUUCUCUACCUUCAGCUCCUUUUCCCAAGAGCGGAGUAAAAGAAGUCAGAUCAUGACAGCAGUGUCCUUGGCAGCUCGGUUCCAGGAACCAGUGACCUUUGAGGACGUGGCCGUGUACUUCACCAAGGAGGAAUGGGCCAGCCUGGCCCCUGCGCAGAGGGCCCUGUACCGGGAGGUGAUGCUGGAGACAUACGCCAAUGUGGCUGCCCUGGCUCCGUCACCGGUGUCCAAACCAGCUCUGAUCUCUCAGCUGGAGCAAGGGGAGGAGCUGUGUUUCUCGGAACCUUGGGAGGACCAGGGCAGGGGAGCAGCCUCUGCAGAAUACAGCUCGAAAAUAAGAAGAUGGACCCACUUAACUAAAAUAAUACCACUUGCAAUAAAAUUAAAAAUUCUUCAGAAUCAUCACUUCUGGGAAGACAGGACAAAGGCUUAAUUCUUUACCUUAAAAUACCAGUUUUCAAAGUAAGAAGCUGACUUAAGAGCCAUCUUAAAUGAUGUCAAAUACACAUUUUCUUUUUCUGCAGACACGUGGAUUUCCA